GCAGCGGCGGCGCCGCGUCUGCGCGGAGCGCCUGCCACGCCGCGCCGGCGGCGGCGAGCGGCGCCGCCGUCGCGAGUUCGUACGCGGACGCGCCGAGCGCGAACACGUCGACGUGCGACUGGGGCCGAUAGUUCGACUGGAAGCACCUGCGCGCGAGACCACGCUGUUCCAUGGCCGCAGGAAAACGAGCCAUCUCGAUCGAAGCUUCCCGCCGGGCCGCGGCUGACGUCCGCGCCGCACGCACUCGGGCGCGAGGUAGCGCGCGUCGCCUUCGGCGCCGUCGCUCGGUGCGGCGCCGACCGUGGCAACAGACCCAAAGUCGCCGAGCUUCAGCUGCCCCUGCGCAUCGACGAGGACGUUGCCCGGCUUGACGUCGCGGUGGACGUAACCGCGCGCGUGGACGUGCGCGAGUGCGUCGCCGACGUCGCCAAGCCUGCGCGCGAGACACGACAAGCUCGGGGCGAGCGACGCGAUGUCGAAUCGGGCGAUCCUUCCCGCGCCGCGCCGGGCAGCUUCCAGAGGUGCGGCGCCUCGGGCGCGUCUCCGUUCCUCGAGACGAUCUGCGCGACGCUGCCCAGGGCGCAGAGCUCGAGCUGCGCGUGGAGGUGGCCGCCCUCCUGCCACGCGAGGUGGAACGCGAUCACGUUCGGCGCGCCCCGCAGCGCCCGCAGCGCCUCGCACUCCGCGAGCGCCGCCUCGCGCGCGCGCCGCGACCGGAACGGGCGCCGCGCGACCUUGAUCGCGUAGCGCUCGCCGUCGACCGUCGACGUCGCGGUCCAGACGUCCGAGAACGCGCCGCGGCC